AUGACCCCUCAUACAUAUUUGGGACGUAUUAUUGGUUCAGCAUGUGCACUUGCCGGUGUUUUAACUAUUGCAUUACCUGUUCCUGUAAUAGUUAGCAAUUUUGCCCUAUUUUAUUCUCACACGCAAGCUCGCUCUAAAUUACCCAAAAAGCGUCGCGGUGUUUUAAGCAUUGAUCAAGUGAAACAGCAACCGUUUGUGGUACAAAAGCGUGUUCAGGUACUUCGCGAAAAACAACCAGCAAAAGAGCCAUUAAUAGUAAAACACAAUGGUCCACCAGACACAUCGACAAAAUGA